UUCGAAACAUGUUGUUCGUUAGUGUUUUGUUUUGCGUGUUGGAAGCGGUGAGUAUGUGGCCGUGUGUAAUGUGAGUGUGCAGUGUAAUUUCAAAAGUGUUAACUGGUAGCCACAGAACUCAUAGAUAGAAACAACAGAUUUCAGUAAAUAUAGGGCACUGAAAUGAACUAUAACGCUUCAGCAGGAGCAAGACAUCCUGCAAGCAGGAAAAAGCACUAUGUUAGUGACAGUUCUGUUACUAGCUCACCUGCACCGAACUAUCCACCACCAUACAAUCCGUAUGCUGCAAGUCCUCCAGGGCCAGUCCUGCAACCUGGUGUCAGUCCGUACAUUGACACAAGAGCUUCCCCUCCUCCAUAUGGGGCACCACCAGGUUACAGUCAGCGGCCCAGUUAUUCACCAAUGGAUGUGGAUCAAGGGUACUCUAUACCUAGCCAGUUUCUUAAUGAACCACUGGUUGCAAAUGUUGCUAUGCAAUAUGGGCAGGCAUUGGUUGGAUCAGGAAAGCAAAUUGUUGAUAGAGAGCUGGAGAAAUAUGUGCCUGUUACAAGACUGAAGUAUUAUUUUGCUGUAGACACAGCUUAUGUAACAAAGAAGCUUGGAUUGCUAUUAUUCCCCUUCUCGCAUGGGGAUUGGUCUAUAAAAUACGAGCAUGAAGAACCAGUUGCACCAAGGUAUGAAGUUAAUGCUCCAGAUUUGUACAUACCAACUAUGGCAUACUUGACAUAUGUUGUUGUUGCUGGUUUGAUGCUGGGCACACAGAACAGGUUCAGUCCAGAAAUGAUUGGUAUUCAUGCAAGCUCUGCAUUGGCGUGGUUAGUUGUUGAGAUUGUGGUUGAGAUGAUAACACUUUAUGUAACCAGCAUACAAACAAAACUCAAAACUUUAGACCUGGUUGCAUUUGGAGGGUACAAGUAUGUUGGGAUGAUUUUUGCAAUGCUCCUCAGUUUGGUAUUUCAGAAAACUGGUUAUUAUGCUGGACUGCUAUAUUUUGGCUUAUCAUUGGCAUUUUUCUUGGUCCGUACUUUAAAGGUUCAAGUGCUACCUGAAGUAAAUGGACCUCAGCAUGAUCCAUAUAGGACCACAACAGGAAACAAACGAAGAAUAUAUUUUUUGUUAUUUAUGGCUGGUAUUCAGCCUGUAUUAAUGUGGUGGCUUUCUCAUCAUCUUGUUGCACCACCUGCUCCAAAACUGUAACACCCAUCUUUUUGAUCAGAAACAGCACUUCCAAGUAUUGUGUUUCUUGAUAAAUAACUAUGGCAGCAGGGGAAGGAAACAUAUUUAUUAUGUGAUGGCAAAGGAAGUGGAAAAAAAAUGAGUUGAAGGUGUGGCUGUGAUACUGAUAACAGAGUUGUGAGAAACAGCAGCUUGUGCAGUUCACUGUUAAUGAGCAACUUGUGUUUCCUGUAAAAUGUGUGCAAGUUGACAUUCGUUAAAUUUUGCUACAGUAUAUUACUAAGUUUCUGAAUACAGUGAUAAAA